GGGGGGAGUUUGCGGGGUGGGGUUUGCGGAUAAAUAAGCGCUCAGAAUUUCUUGUCGUCGUCGUUGUCGUCGUCGUCGCCGCCGCCGCUGUUGUUGUUGUUGUUGUCGUCGUCGCGGCGGAGGCGGCGAUGGAGAAGCGGCGACGGGAGGUCGGACCCUCUCCCUCUCCCGCUCCGGCGCCGGUCCGGUGGCUGUGCCUUGUGCUGCUCGGCUGCCUGUGCCGGGAGGCGGCGGCCAUCACCGUGAAGUACCGGGUGUACGAGGAGCAGCCGGUGGGCACGGUGCUCGGGACGCUGGCGGAGACCUUGGCCGACGAGCUGAACCCGUCCUCCCAGCGCUUUCGGGUGAUGCAGCGCCUGAACUCCUCGCUGCUCGCGGUGCGGGAGGAGGACGGGCGGGUCAGCGUCGCCGAGCGCAUCGACCGGGAGAGGCUGUGCAAACCCCACGCCGCCGCCUGCGCCGUCGCCUUCGACGUGAUCACUCUGCCCACCGAGCACCUGCAGCUGAUCCAGAUCGAGGUGGAGGUGCUGGACAUCAACGACAACUCGCCCCGCUUCCCCAGGUCGGUCAUCCCGGUGGAGAUCUACGAGAGCGCCUCGGUGGGUGCCCGGUUCCCCCUGGACAGCGCCGUGGAUCCGGACGUGGGGGACAAUUCGCUCCACGACUACUCGCUCACCCCCAACGAGCACUUCGCGCUCGAGGUGCGCACCCGGACCGACGGCGCCAAGUACGCGGAUCUGCUGGUGAUCCGGGAGCUGGACCGGGAGCAGCAGGACAGCUACCAGCUCCGCCUGACCGCCUCGGACAACGGGGUCCCGCGCAGGUCCGGCUCCUCGCUCCUCAAGAUCAGCGUCGCCGACUCGAACGACAACAGUCCCGUCUUCGAGCAAACCUCCUACACCAUCGAGCUCCUGGAGGACUCCCCCCGGGGCUCUCGGCUCCUCGACCUGAACGCCACGGACGCGGACGAGGGGAGCAACGGCCAAGUCAUCUAUUCCUUCAGUAGCCACGUCUCCCCCCAAAUCACGGACACUUUCAGCAUCGACCCGGACAGCGGUCACUUGACCCUCCUGAAAUCGGUGGACUUCGAGGUCAGCCAGACCUACGAGAUAGACGCCCAAGCUCAAGAUCUGGGUCCCAACUCCAUCCCUGCCCACUGCAAGAUCAUCAUCAAAGUGGUGGACGUGAAUGACAACCAGCCCGAGAUCACCAUCAGCCUCAUGCCUUUGGGCAAAGACGUGGCUUACCUGUCCGAGGCGGCCCCAAGGGACACCUUCAUCGCCUUGGUCCGUGUCCAGGACAAGGAUUCGGGGCUGAACGGGCAAGUCGCCUGCCACCUGGAAGGCCACAGGCACUUCUGGCUCCAGCAAACCAACGAGAAGCAGUACAUCAUCAAGACCAACACCACCCUGGAUCGCGAGGCCAUCCCCGAGUACAGCCUCAAAGUGAUCGCAGAGGACAUGGGCUCCCCAAGUUUCUCCACCAUCAAGUAUCUCACGGUCCAACUCACGGAUGAAAACGACAACGCCCCUCGGUUUGAGAAGGACACCUAUGAGCUGUUUUGGCCCGAGAACAACUCUCCUGGCGCUUACAUCACCUCCGUGACUGCCAGUGAUCCGGAUCUUGGAGAGAACGGGCAUGUGACUUACACCAUCCUGGAGUUCUACCUCUCCGGGAGCUCCAUCACCACAUUCGUGACCAUUGAUCCCUCCAAUGGCGCCAUCUACGCCCUCAGGACCUUCGACUAUGAGGAGAUCACCAGGAUCUCUUUCACAGUCCAGGCCAGGGACGGGGGAAGCCACCAGCUCACCAGCAACACCACCGUGGUCCUGACUGUGAUCGACCAGAACGACAACGCGCCCCUGAUCGUUACUCCCGCUUUGCGCAACGGGACAGCCGAGGUGCCAUUGCCAAUGGGCACCGGGGCCGGCUACUUGGUGACCACCGUUGCGGCCGUAGAUAAGGACUCUGGUGCUAACGGCGAGCUGGCCUGCACCAUCCUUGAUGGCAACCAACAUGGGAUCUUCACUAUGGAUGCCAGGACCUGCAACAUUUACACCAACAAUAGCUUGAGUUUGGUUAAGGAGAGGGAAUGGGAAAUCGUGGUGGUGGUGCAAGAUAAAGGGACUCCCAGUCUGAGCACUGUGGCUACCUUGAAAAUCGUCCUAACUGUACCAGAGGACAUGUCCAAGAGCAUAAUUGAUGACCAGAGUGCUUUAGAUUCCUCCAUGAUCAUCAUCAUCUCGUUGGGAGUGGUUUGCGCUGUUCUGCUCAUCAUUAUGGCCAUGUUUGCCACCAGGUGCAACAGAGAGAAGAAGGACAACAGGUCCUACAACUGUCGAGUGGCCGAGUCUACUUACCAGCACCACCCCAAGCGGCCAUCCAGGCAGAUCCACAAGGGGGACAUCACUCUGGUGCACACAGCCACGGGUACUCUGCCCAUCAGAUCUCAGCACAGAGCCUCCCCGUCCUCCUCGCCGACCCUCUCGGGAAUGGAUCGGGGCCAGAUGUGCAGCAGGCAAACCCACCACAGCCGCCAGUCACUCAACAGCCUGGUGACUUUGUCGUCUAACCACUUGCCCGAGAACUUCGCCCUGGAGCUCACACACGCCUCUCCGCCUGUCGAGCAAGUUUCCCAGUUGCUGAGCAUGCUGCACCAGGGCCAGUACCAACCCAGACCCAACUUUCGUGGAAAUAAAUAUUCAAGAAGUUACAGAUAUGCUCUUCAGGAUAUGGAUAAAUUCAGUCUGAAGGACAGCGGCCGGGGAGACAGUGAAGCUGGGGACAGUGAUUAUGACUUGGGCAGAGACUCUCCCAUUGACAGACUCCUUGGUGAAGGUUUCAGCGAUCUCUUUGUCACUGAUAGCCACCGAUUUCACCCAGCAAUGAAGUUAUGCACAGAUGAAUGCAAGGUGCUGGGCCACUCUGAUCAGUGCUGGAUGCCUCCAUUAUCUUCAGGAGUUUCUGCUGAUUACAGGAGCAAUUUGUUUAAUCCUGGUGAGGACACUCAGCAGCUGCAGGAGGACGAUUGCGACUCGUCCGAUUCCAGUGGGAAGAAGAAAAGCUUCUUGACCUUUGGCAAAGAGUCCCAGAGUGAAGAGGCAGAGGAUUUGGGGACCUCUUCCCUCCUGUCAGAAAUGAACAGUGUUUUCCAACGGUUGCUGCCUCCCCAAAUGGACAUGUAUGCAGAAUGCAAUGAGACCAAUAGCGUGAGUUCUUUGGAAAACAAGAAAGGACAUUUGGCAGCAAAAACUAUGCCAUAUCCCCAAGGGGUGGCAGCCUGGGCAGCAAGCACAAAUUUCCAGAAUCCAGUGAGCAGUGUUGGUCUGGCCCCCGUUAAUCACGUUACUCCCCAACCUGCCUGCAAAUGGUUGCCAGCCAUGGAAGAGAUCCCAGAGAAUUACGAAGAAGAUGAGUUUGAUAACGUUCUCAGCCAGCUGAACCCUUGCAAACGGGAGAGCAAACACGAACUCAUCAAUGCCAGUGAACUUGUAGCAGAGAUCAACAAACUUUUACAAGAUGUCCGGCAGAGCUAGAAAUGAUUCUGUAUAUAUUUCUUUCCUUCCUUUUUAUGGGAAACUGGAAGUUAGCAGUGUCAUUGCCAACUAUUUGCAUUUAUCAAGUAAAUGUGUCUAUGACUUUUAUUUUCACAUUAAGUAUACCAAUUUAAGUGUAAUUAAGUUUGUAUUUUAAAAAUACAUUUUGUACUCUAUUUAUAUAUUAUUUUUCCAAUAAAACAUAUUUUUAUACUCUUAUCAUGGUUCUUGUGCAAAAUCAGACUUUGCCUUGUAAUAAAAUGUAUUAGCUUGUUAAAUUUA